ACGCCAUACUCUUCUAGGUGGAAGGAGAAGUAUAAACAUAUACAAAAAACCCCACCCACUAUUUAAGCCUAAACCGUCUCAGCAAACCAACCCAGUUUAAUUCCGAAUUUUGAAUUAAUUCUACCAAAAAAAUAUAACAAUGGGAUUUAUAAGUGAACAAAAAUUAGAAAACGCAAUGCGUAACCUUGGUUAUAGACCAAAAUCUCGCCACAUUGAAGCAAUAGUUAAAGAAACGAAUAGCUCUUUCGACGACAAAUACAACGCCGCAAUGUUUUUGGCUCAAUGUGCUCAUGAAAGUACAGGUUAUCAUGAUAUCGAAGAAAUAGCUUAUAAAGGUGCUACUUGGAGUCCGUACGGAGAUGGUGCACCAGGUAAAAGUUAUCACGGAAGAGGUUUUAUUCAGUUAACAUGGGAUUAUAAUUAUAAAAGUUGUUCGCAUGAUAUUGGUAGAGGCAACCAAUUGUAUAAACAUCCAGAAAUGGUUGCGUCCGAUUCAUCUUUAGGGGCCGAAGUUUCCGUUUGGUUUUGGCAAAAAAAUGUGGAAACUUACCGAGGAUUUAACUCAAGAAGAAAUUUCGGAAUUACCACCAAAGCUAUAAACGGAGGUCAUGAAUGCCGUGGACGGAACGUUGAUCAAUCCAAAAAUCGUUAUAGAUGUUAUGUGGAAAUUUGCGAUCAAAUGGGUAUUACACCAGCUGAUGAAUGUGGUUGUUAUAACUAAAAUUUAUAUUAAUUUGUGUUUUUAAUAAUUACUUGUAGGUUAGAAUCACAUUAUUGUUAAUGUCAUUUAUAAACGUCAUUAAAAUGUCAAAAAAUUAAUAACUUAAAUAUAACUAAAAUGUUAUCGAUUAAUCAUUUAAACUGAAAUAUAAAAUUAAUUUUUUGAAAA